AUGGAGCCCUUCCGUAUUCGCCUUAACUGCAUCGACCAUUAUCAAGCGACGGCGUCGGAGCUGGAUCCUCCAUUGCCGUUUCGGGAUGGAGCUAAAGAAAAUGAUUUCAGGCCAAAAGUGCCUGUGAUUCGAGUGUUUGGAGCGACCGAGACGGGUCAAAAAAUCUGCGUGCAUGUUCAUGGAGCAUUUCCUUAUUUGUACAUUGAAUACAACGGAUCAUUGGAGUCCGAUGCAGUGGACUCCGCCAUUCGUACCUUACAUCUUUCGAUUGAUCAUGCUUUAGCAAUAAGCUAUCGUCGCAAUGCCUAUGAUAAAAAGAUCGCAUACGUCGCUCAUAUCACACUUGUGAAAGGCGUUCCAUUCUAUGGGUAUCAUGUUGGGUAUCGCACCUUUUUCAAGAUCUACCUUCUCAAUCCAUUCUACAUCACGAGGCUAGCAGAUCUGCUACAUCAAGGAGCAGUGAUGAAAAGGCCGUUGCAGCCCUACGAAAGCCAUCUGCAAUACGUUCCACAGUGGAUGUGUGACUACAACUUGUACGGAUGUGGAUACAUGGACUGCAGGAACGUCAAGUUCCGAGCUCCAGUACCAGAGUAUUUGGAGCUUAGCAAUCUCAAUCAUCGAUGGCAUGACCGCUCUAUCGAUCCAGAAAGGAUAUUAGAUGACCCUGCUCUUCAAAAGCAAAGUCAUUGCUCGUUGGAAGUUGAUGUCUGUGUCCAGGACAUUCUCAAUCGCGCCGAAGUUAAGGAACGUCAGCUGCAUCAUGACUUCGUUGAAUUGUUGAAGCCAGUCGCUGUGAACGAACGCCUCGUUCCAAGCGUUGCCGGACUCUGGCAGGACGAGACAAAGAGGCGUAAAAAGCGUAUGGGGAUCACCGACCCAAAUGGCACUCCGUUUGGUCCUGAGGACUUGAUCUCCAUGUCCGCUGACCCUCGGAACCAGUCUAAGGGCGGUUGGGUUCACGAGGACGAAUUUCGUCGAUUGGCCCUUCAAAUUGCGGCCGAUGAAAAAGCUGAGGACAACGGCAAAUCGGUAUCUUUGGAGACUUUUCUUGGUCAUGACCACGAAAAAGGUGACGUCAAAACGGCCUUGGCCAGCGUCGAGGAUUUUUACCCAGAUCAGAUUGUCCACUCAGCUUUGCGUCCUGCGCAGCCAGUCUCUCGGGGACCUGGAGAUACUUCAGCCCACAUUUCCGUUGAUGAAAAUGUCGCACUCUCUUCUCAGAUGGAGCAAGACUACAUCUCUGACGAGGAGAUGAGUUUGUUGAAGUCCAGUGAGGACGGAAGCGCUAGCCCCCAGGAAUCUGGCAAUCACACCACCAACGGUGUUGAUCCUGGGGAUAGCUUUUAUGAUCGGUUGUUUGAUGAGGUCCCAGAACAUGAGAUUACGAAGAUUGAUCGAGAGACUGGAACCAGAUAUGAGAGCCUUGAGUCGGGUCAGCGCACGGAUAACAACAGAAAACUUUCCGAAAGCGCAAUUUCACUUGUCCAACACGCGGGAUCGACUAUUUUGAAGAGAUCAUUCACUGAAACGAUUGAGGCCUCGAGUCCACAGAAAAAACCUAGAUUCUGGACCCAAAUCAAUGGCCAAAAUGGUGCCAAUGGUCUCGCCAACAUGGGCGGUGGGAUCGAGACGCUCGGAUUUCUGGGUCAUAAAAACCAAGACCUAGAGUGUGAGCCAAAUUGCUCUUCCUCAUCAUCAUCUCAACGAACUAUUCGUCCCGCCAAUAAAAUGCCGCUUCUUCAAAACAGCCGACUGAACUUUCCCGUUGUCAAGGACCCGAACGACCCCUUGACAAUACUUCGCUUCAGCCAAGAGGAUGCUGCAUCUUCAUUAAAGAAAACUUCGAAUUCACAACCGCCGCAGUUAUCGCAGGCCUCGGGAUCCCGGAAUAGUGCAAAUCAAGUCAUCGAAAGCGAUGGUUCAUCGCAGCGUUCUGGUGCCUUGUCAACUGGAGGUGACAAAUCCCAAAGGAUUGAUCCACACGUUGCGGAGUUGAAACACUCCAUCCACGAUGCAUUCAAUCUCCGACGAGACUCCAUUCUGUGUUUGCCCAAGCUUGCAGGACCGAGCUCUAAUGAAGUAGCAUCAACUAUCAACGAUUCUGGCCGCCCAUCGAUGAUAUAUCAGCAGGCAUUCUAUAGCGACGAGAAUGACGUGCCGGAUAGGCCAAGGCAGUAUGCGGGUCGAGAAUUCCGACUCGAGAGCAACACUAUUCACUUCUUGCCAGACUUCAACCUUUCUGGCAACAUACCGACUUUUGGCGAUCAGCAUGUCUCAGCGUAUCAUGAUCGAGAAAGUCGCGAAACUCUCGAUUCAAACUUGCGCAAAUCCUGCUCAUCGAGAAUAUGGGAGUUCGCCAGUGUGCCACCUAGCCGAGCAGAGGUGAUUGACUGGUACAAUGAGCUCGAGAAAUCUUCAUGCUCAGUCGAAGCGACCACAGGCACAUCGAACAAACUCAGACCUAAGGUCAGCAGGUCCAUGGAAGCCCUUUCACAGAUCGAAGGCCCUACGCAGCAAAUCCCCUACGGCUUCAAGUACUCCCAGAAGGCAAAGAAAACUAGCGUGGAGCAUCAGUCCCAGUACAUGAGCAUCAUGAGUCUUGAAGUCCACGUGAAUACUCGAGGAACUUUGGCGGCCAACCCUGAAGAGGAUGAAAUAUCGUGCGUCUUCUGGAGCUUGCAAUCGGAGGAUGAUGACGAUGUCGAGGUCAACAGUUAUCUUCCAGGUGUUCACGUUGGCAUGAUCUACCAAGGUGAUGGGGAUAGACCGGAAGAUAAAGUUUCGAAGGCGCUGAGUAUAGAGGUUGAGCACGAGAUCACUGAGCUCGAUCUCAUCAAUCGGCUUAUUGACAUUGUUCGUCACCACGAUCCCGACAUAAUUACUGGUUACGAAGUCCACAACGGUUCUUGGGGAUACGUAAUUGAGCGGGCGCGGAAGAAGUAUGACUUUGACCUUUGCGCAGAGCUGUCUAGGGUCAAGUCACAAUCGAAGUCGAGAUUUGGCAAAGAGGACGACCGCUGGGGGUUUGAGCAUGCGUCGUCGGUUCAAAUGACUGGUCGACAUAUGAUCAACAUAUGGCGCGCAAUGCGAGGCGAGAUCACCUUGCUGCAAUACACCAUGGAAAACGUUGUCUUCCAUUUGUUGCAGCGCCGCAUCCCACAUUACUCGGCUAAAGACCUUACGCAAUGGUAUAUGAGUGGCAAACCCCACAAUAUCCUCAAGGUCGUUGAGUACUUCACAUCGCGUGUCCAAUUGAACUUGGAAAUCAUUGGCGCCAACGAAUUGGUUCCCCGGACAAGCGAGCAGGCAAGACUACUCGGUAUUGAUUUCUACUCUGUCUUUGCCCGAGGAUCGCAAUUCAAGGUCGAAUCUUUGAUGUUCAGAAUUGCGAAGCCUGAAAACUUUUUGCUGGUCUCACCAAGCAGAAAACAGGUCGGGCAACAGAAUGCUUUGGAAUGUUUGCCUCUCGUUAUGGAGCCGCAGAGCGAUUUCUACACAAGCCCUCUUCUGGUUCUUGACUUCCAGUCUUUGUAUCCGAGUGUGAUGAUUGCCUACAACUACUGCUACUCAACCUUCCUCGGCCGAGCUGUCCAGUGGCGUGGCAGAGACAAAAUGGGAUUCCUGGACUACAGCCGACAGCCACGAAUCCUUGAGCUGUUAAAAGAAAAGAUCAAUAUUGCACCGAAUGGCAUGAUCUACGCGAAGCAGGAGGUCCGCCAAUCACUGCUCGCAAAAAUGCUCACGGAGAUUCUUGAGACGCGUAUCAUGGUUAAGACAGGGAUGAAGGCCGACAAAGAUGAUAAAGUCUUACAAAAAUUACUCAACAACCGACAAUUAGCACUCAAACUGAUUGCCAAUGUUACGUAUGGAUAUACGUCAGCAUCAUUCUCGGGACGGAUGCCAUGUUCUGAGAUCGCCGAUAGCAUUGUUCAAUCUGGGCGGGAGACCCUAGAGAAGGCGAUUGCUUUUAUUCACUCAGUCGAGCGGUGGGGCGCUGAGGUAGUCUACGGCGACACCGACAGUCUCUUCGUCUACCUCAAGGGCCGUACGCGAGAUCAGGCCUUUGAUAUCGGCGAGGAAAUCGCUCAGGCAGUGACGGACAUGAAUCCGCGCCCAAUCAAGUUAAAAUUCGAAAAAGUUUAUCACCCGUGUGUCUUGCUCGCGAAGAAGCGAUACGUCGGCUUCAAAUACGAACAUCGCAAGCAGGCUGAGCCGGAGUUUGACGCCAAAGGAAUCGAGACCGUGCGACGUGACGGCACGCCAGCUGAGCAGAAAAUCGAAGAGAAAGCCCUCAAGCUUUUAUUUCGGACUUCCGACCUCAGCCAGGUCAAAUCAUAUUUCCAACGUCAGUGCAGCAAAAUCAUGCAAGGCAGAGUGUCUAUCCAAGAUUUCUGCUUUGCGCGAGAGGUUCGUCUGGGCACAUACAGCGAUCGCGGCACACUCCCGGCUGGUGCCAUGAUCAGCACGAAGCGCAUGUUGGAGGAUCCUCGACUAGAGCCGCAGUACGGCGAGCGUGUCCCAUACGUUGUGGUGACAGGGGCACCUGGGUCAAGGCUCAUUGACCGAUGCGUGGCCCCAGAGACACUCCUCCAUGACGCACAGCUUGACCUGGAUGCUGAAUAUUACAUUACGAAGAACUUGAUUCCACCCCUUGAGCGCAUCUUCAACCUCGUAGGGGCUAAUGUGCGCCAAUGGUACGAUGAGAUGCCUAAGGUGCAGAGGAUGCGACGGGUUGAUGCUACUUCUUCGGCCUCAUCUCGAGCUCACGGCGAAAAUGUCAUCGCGAAAAAGACGUUGGAAUCUUACAUGCGAUCCUCCUCGUGUAUGAUCUGCCGGGCCAAACUCACCGAUGCUGCUAUCCCGCUAUGCUCUGAUUGUUUGCAGCAGCCGCACUUGGCGCUUCUAAACGUCACAGCUCAACUGCAGGGGUCUGAGAAGCGAGUCAAUGCCCUACAAAAAGUGUGCCAGUCUUGCAUGGGUGUACCGCCUGGUGACACGAUUGCCUGUGAUAGUAUGGACUGUCCGGUCUUCUAUUCCCGUAUACGUGCCACCACAGGAUUACGACAUACAAAGGCUGUGAUGGAGCCUGUCAAGGAGCUACUGGAGCGAGCCGGGGAAGAUGAUCUUACCUGGUAA